UCAGAGUUGGGGAGGGACAGGAGGCAGGAGGGAACCGACAAAGAGCAAUGGAAAGAGAAGGCCUGGGAGCCAAGCAGGCCUGGGGUUGACUCCGGGCUCCCUUAGUGGCCUGCACGACUCAGAUGACCCGUCUGUGAAGUGCAGGUCACAGUGGGCGCCCCACAGGGCUGCAGAAAGGAGUGCAAAGGUGAUGCCCACGCCGGCCCAGGGCGGGGGCGCAAUACACGGCUGUUGCUGCUGUGAUUGCUGCAGGAAGGGAGUCAUUUGGAAGGCACAAAGGAACUAUAACCUACUUGGUGUCGGGACAAGCCUUAAGGACGGGGCGGGGAUUCCAGCCAGAGCUAGGUUCCAGCCUGGGUUGCCACCAACAGCGAAAGUGACUGCCAGGUGGCAGUAGGGUGACUUCACCAGCUUCAGUGCUUAGCGGGCAGGCGAGGAGGCGGAGCAAAAGAAGAAAACACAAAGGACGGGGAGGAAGCCGGGGAGACAGGUGGGGUACUCGGGAGGCUGGAGCUGGCCGGCCGUGCAGUCGCGGAGGAGCGAGGCCUGCAGGGCUCGGCAGCGAGGGACUCGGCCUCAGAGGCGACCCUGACCACACAGGUUCCUUACACACUGGGUCAAGGAGUAAGCAGAGGAUAAACUACUGGAAGGAGAGCAAAUACAAAGUCAUCAUGGCUUCAGCGUCUACUCGUGGAAACCAAGAUAAAGAUACCCAUUUGCCACCACCAAGCAAGCAGAGCCUGUUGUUUUGUCCAAAAUCAAAACUGCACAUCCACAGAGCAGAGAUCUCAAAGAUUAUGCGAGAAUGUCAGGAAGAAAGUUUCUGGAAGAGAGCUCUGCCUUUUUCUCUUGUAAGCAUGCUUGUCACCCAGGGACUAGUCUACCAAGUUGCUGGUCUCUUGGGAUUUGGCCUUGGAAAGGUAUCAUACAUAGGAGUAUGCCAGAGUAAAUUCUAUUUUUUUGAAGAUCAGCUUCGUGGGGCUGGUUUUGGUCCACAGCAUAACAGGCACUGCCUGCUUACCUGUGAGGAAUGCAAAAUAAAGCAUGGAUUAAGUGAGAAGGGAGACUCUCAGCCUUCAGCUUCCUAAACUUUGUGUCUGUGACUUUCGAAGUUUUUUAAACCUCUGAAUUUGUAAACAUUUAAAAUUUCAAGUGUACUUUAAAAUAAAAUACUUCUAAUGGAACAAAAA